AUGGCUGUUUCUAGUUCAUUGCCUGACAUCAAUACUGGAACGACUCUUAUUAAAAGAGAAAGGAAUAUUUCAAACGAUAAACUUACUGAAAAUAAUCAGAAGGCUUUCAAUAACACACAAUCAUCUGAGGGAAGACUUGACAAUUCUAUGCAGGGGUCGGCAAACGCUCAGCUUCCAGAACUUAUCGAAAAUGUCAUAGAGCGUCUUGGUGACGAGGGGAGCAGGUUUGUUUCAAUGCAACUGGCUAAACACCCAACAGUAAAGAACAUUUGGGCAAACGCAAUAGCACUGGCUCUUUUAAAGCAAAGUGAUAAAAUUUCACAUCUUGAUUUUGGACGAGCCUCAAACAACUCCUUGAAAGUUCGUCCGAAAGUUGACUCGACAAAAGUUAAAUCAACUGAUACUUUGCUGCACACGAAGGUCAACGGUGAGCCCAUAAGAAAGCCGGGUGACGGAUUUUCGUAUAGUUCUCAUGGUGCAAACCAUAUGGAGGAACCUGCACAUACUUUGGGCAUUACUAAUAAAACGUUUGCAUCUACUGUAAUGAACACAUCUAAGGUGGCAAAGGAAUUGAACAGUAGCACACCCGCUUCUUCUUCGAAACUGGAUGUUGCCGGUCAAAAAGUCCAAGACAGCGCUAAACCAGGCACACAAAACGAGAUAGCAAAGAAACCUAUAUAUCAGGCAGGCCAUAUUGGAGUUAUAAGUCAUAGUUUCAAUUUAAGCCAUCGGCCUUUACUUGAAUUCGACAAGGUCGGGCGACUUAAAGGCCAAAAUUCCACUGAAGCCAACAAAGAACAGGUUUUAGAUAAAGGGCAACUUUUGACACCAUACGGAAAUGGACUGGUUUCCAACCUAAACAAUACUAUUCCUCUUCAGGGAAUUAUGGAGGAAAAACAAAGUAUGGGUGGCAAACAACUUCAAACAUCAAGCGCAAGUAAGACCGUCGCCUACGAAGGAAGCAAUGAGCAAGUGGGAGAAAAUGUUAAAGAGGAAUCUGCUGAGGAUAAAAAAUUAAAUGAUGAAACAAUGCUGGGAUCAAUGACAAAUAACGUCCCUUCACAAGAAUAUCAAAAUCAAGAAAUAGAUGGCCGUUUUCUUUUCAAUAACAUCACCAAGUUAGAUCCUGAUGAAGCCAAAUAUUUACAGCUAAAUAUGAUGGGGGACUCCAUGGUGAAUAGACAGUUCUCGGUUUCUGCAGCCAGCCCAUACAAUGGUAUGCAAGAGGAAGAUGAAAAAGAAGCAAGUUAUCUUGAACACCAAAUAAACGACGUUGGUCACAUUGUGGGACAAGUCUUACCCAAACCUAAAACAACAGUUUCAGAUUUAGAUACCGGGGAAGCAAAUUACGUUACAGGACAACUUCUAGAUAAUCGACUUGGAAAAGCCGAAGUUGCCGAGUCGUUUGCGCGAGAUAACAGUUUGAUUAAGGAAGAGGAAAAACAGAAUUCGAAAAUUAUGGCUUCUGUCCAACAAGCGGACGUUCAGCAUCAAACCAACCCUGUCUUCGUUAGUCCUGACGGGAGAAAUGGAAAUAUGGAAACCAUUUCUGAAUCAACUAGUUCACCUUUUGAGAGGCUGCAAAGCGACAAGUAUGAAACACCGGUGGAAUCCAACCUUGAGGAUCAGAUGCUCUUAAGUCCUAAAACUGUCUCCGAUAUUUCAGCCGUAGAUCUUGCCCCUAUGCGCAGCCUUGUUAAUUUUGACCGCUUAACUGGCACGAAUAAACCGUCCUCGUCAUUUAGUUAUGAUUUACACAAUGACGGAAAUAAUCAGAAGGAAGCAAUAAAUGAAGGCGACGAAGAAGAGUUUACGACACCAUAUGGAAUGAACUCAUUACCAGACCACUUGGCACAGUUAAAAAAGAAAGAGAAAAUAGCGAAAACGUAUUCUUCCAAACACAAGGAGAGGAAAUAUAGAAGAAAAGCAAAUUUAAAGCAGGUGCCUUCGUUCCUGAGGAAAUUAAACCUCCCCAGAAAGCUACAGCUUAGCGAUUCCUUGGCAGUCAAACCGACAAAGUCACGCAGUCAACCAGGGACUCGUGACUCCGAGAUAAGUCCAACUUCUGUUAUAUUUGGAUUGACAGCAAAUGAAAUGAAAGAGAUUGAAAAACACUUGGCUCAUGGUUCAAACAGAGCUGAAGCAGAAACGUCUGGUAACGUUCAAGAGUUGUCACCUGAGACAGUGGCUUACUACGAGGUCAAGCCAAACGACGAAGAACAAAAAAAGAAGGAAAGGUCACUAUUACAAUUUAUGGAUAAACCGCUAAAAGUGAAGAGACUAAAAACGGAAAAGAAACAGCUUAGUCAAAAUAGAAUUGCCUCUAAAGUAAUACAGGAAACAAAAAAUGUUACGCCAUCUAGAAAGGGAAAGGUAUCCCAUAUUUUGUCGUCAGUCCAUAAAAGAAAAAAGGCCAAAGAUAACUCAAACGUUAGAAGAGAUCUGGAGUCCUGGGAGGGCCACACGGACGUGCUUAACAGUGACUUGGAACAAUUACGAGAUCUGAGUCCAAAAGUGCAGGAAGAUAUUUCAAAAGUUAUCUUGAAGGACUACGAAGGAGAUCAAAGAAAUGUCAAAGGAUUGGAGUCAUUUCCAUGUGACGAACAAGACCCUAGUUAUGCAUUCGAGCGUUCGUUCAAAAAUAAGAAACAAUCAGCAGGUAAAGGUAAUUACAAGGGUUACAGGAACACACAGCGGCGAUUAGACGUCAAAAGGAGUCCGGAAAAAAUGGGGAAUGAAAUAAGUAAAAAGGAAUUCCAGAAAAAGGGUACCCUUUCUCACGGUAGUAAGUUAAGCGACGCCAUAAUGGCCGAACCUAUUGUCAUGAAAGAGAACAAACUUCUUAAUGGAGACGUUGUAUCAUUGGAUGAUGUAGGACACUUGGAUGCUCAAGGUUUAAUCCUUGAAACGCUGCGAAAAGAAAGUGAAGGUGACCUGAAUUAUGUAAAUUCCGUUCAAGCGGACGAUGUAAGCAGAAUUAAAAACAUGUUUCAGAUAGUAGGUGUCGAAAUCGGUGUAAAACGACAUACAGGCGCACAUCGAAAGAAGCCCAACAAGGCAUUCCAUUCAAGGAAGAAAAUUUUACCAGAGAAAAGAGAUUUAGGAGAAUUCAGCUCUGAAUUUAACGAUGGUACGUUUCGAAGCCCUGAAUUUGAGAAGCAGUUGUCUCGCGCCUUGAUACAAGAAAGACAACAUGAUUUGACCUACUUGGGUGCAGUGCAGGCAAUGGAUGAUCCUGUAUUGAACAAGAUGAUGGAUCAUCCGGAAGAGCCAAUCAGUUCAAGAACCAUUCUACAAAACCAAUUCAAGAGUGUGUUUCCGAAAGACGAUAGUAGUGACGACGGGUCUCUUGAAAAAAGUCAAGAGAGACUGAGAGAGUUUAUUCACAGUUCUAGUCGCCAGGAUGAAGAAUUUGAUGCAAUGAAACAACGCACGGCAGACAGUAUCAAAGACAGUGUUUUUCGUGAUUUGACCCCUGAAGGCAAAGUCUUGAAUUCUGAUUACAAGGAAUUGACAAAUUUUGGUACUGACGACCAAAAUCAGCUCGCAUCAGUGCUACGAAGUGUGAACAGCGGUGACCAAAACGAUUUAAAAGAGUUGGAAAAGAUUGACAGCGCUGAUGAAAAAGAAGUGGAAAGUCUUUUCAGGCCAAUGGCGGGGACAUUUAAAAGGUCUAUUGAUGAGAAGCCAGGCAUUGCGAGGGAAGGAGCGAUAGAAACCAUUGCAGACCUUCCGGAUCACGGUUCUAAGGAAAAGAACAUAGUAAAUAAUAUUGCAAGUGAUUUUAGCAAGAAUGGUAAGAACAACUCAAAGAACUGACUCUUUCUUCAAUUACUUUCAAGACUGCAAAUUUGAAAUGGAAGAAAGAAUGAGUGAGAUCUACAGUCAGCAAACAAUAAAAACGUUUUUUAAGCACAAAACGUCAAAACGUUUAAAAAAUAAACAGAAUAUUGGUAAAGUAAUGUGUUAAUAAAUAGACAUAUUAAAUUGUGAAAACAGAACACUGCAAUACUGAUCGUACUACGUGAAAAUUAACUGUGCAAGACACCGAGAACUCAAACCAUAGACAGCUGUUUCGCUAUCAUUGUAGCUCAUCAGUAUGGCGUAACAGACAGAGAGAGGAGCUCUGUUGGAAAAUAACCCCGUGCACUCUGAUUUAAGCCCUAACCUAGAACUCUCAACACCCACAGAAUCACGCCAUAUCACGUACAUCCUAAAGGACAAGAGUCCAAGUGUCAAGUUGUUGUCUCGCAAAGAAAAUAUAAAGGAUUGACCAAAACCAACCUCAAAAACAUGGACAAAACUAAGCAAAAUUACAUUAUAUCAGAUCUAUAAGAUAGAUCUACGGUCCCAACAUACAUACAGUAUUCUGUCUUCAGAAUUUGUUAUGUGUACUUGUUAUUUUUGCUGGUCAGGUCUUAAUAGACUUUGUUCUUCGGCAUAUUCGUUUGCAGUCCUUUCUGGUUAAUAAAUAGUUGAGCUUUUACAUAUUUCUCUCUUCUUCCGUGAUUAAUAUUUAUCGGUGUCAUUCUUCAUUUAUUGUAACAUAUCAGACAGGUCAACAUUAUUUAAAUUCAGUUUUGAAGAUUUUUAUCGGUACGUGUUGAACAAUACCUUCUUAAAUUACUAGAAUAACCCCUGUUUGAUUUGUUAUGGUUUAGAUGGAUUAAAAUUCUCAGAGUAAGCUAAUCACAUCGCGCAGAACUUUUCUUAUCACAAAGGUAUCAUCUGACUGUGGUCAUUUACAUUUGCUUAGAUUCAAACUUAAUGUGGAGUGCAUGGUCAAAGUGUUCAAAGACUUGUGGGAACGGGAGCAUGAAGACACGCUCGAGAUAUUGCAUUGAAAAAUCAUCAUCAGACAGUUUUGUAAAAUGCCCAGGAUGGAACCACCAGAUGGUACCCUGCGAUGUCCCCAAAAACUGCCCAAGUAAGGUUUUCCACUGAAAUAAACUCAAAGAUCCCGUACCCUCUCACUUAAGCAACGAAUUAACUAUCAUGGAUUUAUAUUACAGACUAAGAUUGUGACUUGAAGCAGUAAAUCAAGAAUUAAUUGUUAACACUGAAUAAAGCAAUACUGAAAUCGUUGAGAUGCUCGUUCUUCUACUGACUGUAGUUUAUAAGUGACGUAAUCUCGUGAUAUGUUACUUGCAUGUGGAACAGGCACUUGGCAAUUAAGAGGAAAUUGGUAACGUUCGUUACGCAUUUUGCUAAUCUUGCUCAAAGAGAAAUGAGCAAUGAAGAUUUUUAUCAAGUGGCUUCGAAAGGGCACUGAAAGGCCAUUUUAAAUUGUAUUGACGAACCUGGGAAACAGCCCAUACACCUAUCCCCCCCCCCUAACCCAACAUUUUGCCUUUAUUGAGAAUUUAGUAUCAACAGUGGGUUACAGGAGGGGUUGGUGGGAAGCUGCCCACCUUCCCCUCCCCUAACCUAAAAUUAACCCUCAGCAAGAAGCUAGGGUUAACACUGGGUAAGGGAGGGGCAGGUUGGCAAUUUUACUAGAAACUAACAUUUUACUUUUUAUAAUUGACGAUUUGGUGUUGUUUGAUUGUCGUAGUUUACGGUGGCUUUACCAAGUGGACGGAGUGGUCUGCAUGCUCAGAGACCUGCGGUCCUAAAGCAGUACGCAUGCGCAUGCGUCUUUGCACGAACCCUCCUCCAGCUUACGGAGGGAAAGAUUGUUCCGGUUGGAGAUUUGAAGUUGAAUAUUGUAGAUCCCAGGAAUGUCCACAUACUUCUGGUAAAUAAUUUUCUUAAAAUUAGAAAAAGAUAUCUCAAAAUUUUUCUUAAAAGGCGGUAGGUUAAGAGCACGAAAGUUGCUUUCUUUCCUUAUUGCCUUUAGCCUCAGGGCUACUUCUUCAUAACCAGCGAGCAUUGACCAAAUUUGGGAAAAAUAAAUGUUUAGUAAACUGAAACACGGACUGACUGACGCCAGGAAAAGACAGUGAUACGUCGGCUCAGUUCUUUAGGCAAGAAAAUUGCAAAAAGUUCAGUUCAUCAAAAUAGCAAGAUUAUUGUCUCAAAGAAGGGAAAAAUAAGCAUAAAAACACCAUUCAAAGGAAAACCACUACUUUUUGAAGAGUAUCUGGAAGAAAAGCAUCCGUUUAUAUCCUGAAAUAGGAACAGGAAAAUAGGAGUAAAAUAUUUUGAACGAAUAUUAAGAAAGCGUAGGGAAAUGCACAAACAUUAAUGUUACAAGUUCCUGUGAUAAUUGUUAAAAAAAGACUUGCUAGUUUGAAGGCUGAUUGGAUGAACGGCGUUUAUGGUAAGCGGCCCAACCUGAAAAACUACAGGGGCAUAGUGUUAAUGAUGUAAUAAAUUGUAUGGUAUUGAUAGUGUAUGUUAGGGUAUCCAGUGAAUGACGCUUUUCGCUGGUCAAAUAUUCCACCAAUUGCAUUAUCCACCAGGACCAGGACUGUACUUAUAACUUGAGAGCUUUAAAUAUGGAGAAUCAAUGAGCCAUGGCCCAAGCCCCUUAAAAGUGAUAAUUAUGGCUAAAAAUUGUUAAAAUGGUUUUUAUGACAAAGGACGAGAGGUAUCAAUUGUAUUGUUAAAAGGGGAACUCGUCUAGUCAUUUUCUUUAACAGCUACAGCAGCCUCAAAGACCACGAAGGUUUGGCCGGGUUUGCAAAAGUCAAAAACAAACAAACGGAUCAUUUUCAAAACUCUUUCUGCAACGCCUUUAAUCGAGGGGAUGGCAAGCAAGCAGCAAAGCGCUCCAACUAAAACCAGCGUCAAUGAGGGGACUCCCUCCAGGUACAGUGGAUUGGCAAGUGUCGAGCAGGAUAUGGGAGAUGUGCAGUCACUUCUAAACAUGCAGCAAAGUACUCCUAACUUUUCGAACAUGCUCGGGUUUAAAGAGUUUAUGGGACCACCACACGGGUCUGCCUUUUUACCAGGCUCUCUUCGACCAAACAUGCUACCCGGUAUGAGGACAAUGCCACGAGGACCACAGGAAACCUACGAAAAUGGUGGGAACACUAUUCACUUGCAAGUUAGUAACGAGAAUGUGGGGUUCACACCUUGGAGUGAGUGGACGAGUUGCAGUGCUUCAUGUGGACGUGGAAUUCGAACGCGAACGCGUUCAUGUUUAAGCAGUUAUAAUGCAAUGGGUGUCGACCGUUCGUGUCUAGGACCUACAGUACAGACCAGACGCUGUCGCAUUCAAAGAUGCCCAGGUAAUUGGUUUUAACGAAAAAGUGCCUAUUGGCGACUAUUACUUUGAAAAAACAUGCAUACAUUCCAAUAUCAAGGCCUCAACGGAGUAACGGCAAAGAGUAAUAAUGUAAAUUUUGACGUAAUUUUGGUAACGUUCUUCUUUGGACUUGAAAUCUUUAGUCGAUGGUUCCAACGUUUGUUACUGCAUGAGCAUCGCUCUUCAUAGUGCCUUCUUUUGAUAUGAUCCUUUGGGUAUCUCUGAGAUAGAAAAAUAUCCCUUGCCCUGCGGGGGGAUUCGUGGAAAUAGGAGGAGAUAGUUGAGGUCACCUACUUCGCCCAGCCCACAGAUGCAACUUAUUUGUGUAUGAGUUAAAGGUUCGUUUUCACAGUCAUUGACUCAUUUUUGACCUAACUUUUUCUUAUUUCAAGUGGACGGCCAGUUUACACCAUGGAGUGACUGGUCUGAAUGCUCCAAAACUUGUGGUUCUGAUUCUUACCGGAAGCGCGAGAGAACUUGCACCAACCCUCCCCCGAGGUACGGUGGAGAAGACUGCGAGGGGAGAUAUGCGGAAAGGCAACACUGCCUGAAGUCUCCUUGCCUCCCUAAACUGGAUUUUUAUGAUACGAGCAAAGUGUUUUACGAAGUUGUAAAUUCAAGAAAAGGUUAGAACUCCAUUACGGUUCGCAUUUCCUAAGGGCUUAACUCCCUUUUACUCCUAAGACAGCUAACAGGUAACAUUUUUGCUCCUAAAUCGAUGACGUUGUAUAUGGAUGACUCAAAUUACUGUUAUAAAAAUCCGUUUUCUAUCUAGGAUGGGAAAUACCCUGUCUCUCUGCUCUGUCUAUUGGUACCUUUCAUGGCUCACCCAACAUCUUUGUAUAAAUAUCUGUGUAUUUUAUUAACAAGCAUGCUUGAACAAAUGCCAACACCCAUUUUCCUGGAUCAUUAUGUUUUGCAGUUAAACCCACAAGAAAUUCUACCGAUGGAUUCACUGAGUGGGGCCCGUGGUCUCCUUGUUCAAAAACCUGUGGUUCAAAUGUACUGCGCGUGCGUAAACGAUCCUGUUUUAACUCGAGCAGUCAGAGCUGCACUGGCUCCACAUCAGAAGUUAAACCGUGUUUUCUUCCAAAAUGUCCUGACGAUCUCGCUUUGAGUGAAGAUUUAGGGAUUAAUGGAAAGAGCUCGCAUAACAGUGAGUGUAAUUUUCUAUUUAAAUUGCGAUUUAUGCAAGAUGGAAUUGGAACUUAAUUAUUUCAGGCAGGUUCNUCUCCUUGUUCAAAAACCUGUGGUUCAAAUGUACUGCGCGUGCGUAAACGAUCCUGUUUUAACUCGAGCAGUCAGAGCUGCACUGGCUCCACAUCAGAAGUUAAACCGUGUUUUCUUCCAAAAUGUCCUGACGAUCUCGCUUUGAGUGAAGAUUUAGGGAUUAAUGGAAAGAGCUCGCAUAACAGUGAGUGUAAUUUUCUAUUUAAAUUGCGAUUUAUGCAAGAUGGAAUUGGAACUUAAUUAUUUCAGGCAGGUUCUCAUUUGUCUCAAGUAGGAUGCAACCAUAUUCUUUUUCCCAUUAAUUGUUUUACUGUGUGGAAGAGAUAAACUGUGGGAGGGGAUAAAUUGAGCCUCAAAACAUCUGCAACCUUCGAGGGUGAGUUCUACAUGUUUGGUCGAAGAAAUCUUUUUUCCCCAUGAUAAGAGAGUGAAAAAAUUACCUCAACAUACGUUUUGUUCCCGAAAUGCUAAAAUGGUCUCCGUACAAUACUGUUAUUAUAUCAUUUUCAGACAUAGCCUUCGUGGCAGGCACCGGUUAGUUUUUUUUGGUUAGUUUUAUAUAGAGCGCGCGAGAGCCUGCUACGCAGGCUAUUUCAGACGUUAGGAAAGUAUUUACAUAUUCUCUGUCACUGCCACUACGUUUAGCUCCUCCGAAUGUAAAUACAUCUCUAAACUGAAUGAUACCCACUGAUCAGAAAAAUUGCGAUUGGAGGAAACUGACCGAACCUUAAAAUGACAUUAAUACCGUUACUUUUGAGACAGUCUCUUUGAAGAAUGAAUUCGAUUGGAGCCCUUGGUCCGAAUGUUCUAAGACUUGUGGUAGUGGCUCUUACCGCAAACGCGAGAAGACGUGUUCGUUCUCUCUGAUGGAAGAUGGUGGAAAGCUGUGCAUUGGUUCGAAUAUUGAAAAGAUGCCGUGUAAUGUCCCUUUAUGUCCUGAGCAAGCAGUAGGCAGGCCUAACAAUACCCUCAUAAAAGGUGAGUGACCAAAAAAGAAAAAACGAAGCGUCUCUUUUCUACUGAAGGGGGGGAUUUGUCAGAGAAAAACAAUCACAACAUCCUUAGUGAAGAAUUUGAUUUCUAUAAAUGCUUAUCGGUUUCUCCCUUGGAAGGGAGAAGUCCGACGUUUUGUAUUCCAUCGAGGCUAGUAGUAUUACUGUAGUGUAGUUAUUCUCUUUACUAGAGUACUACAUGGAAACUGUUAAAAAAAGUCGGGCAAAAAUAACGUCAAGUUAUAGUCGGCAAAUUGAGUUUGCUUCCGCCUUUGAGACCGAAUUGAUUUGGGUCUCUCUUGUUUAGCUUGUUUAUCUCGCCCUGCCUUCCUAAUUCUAGCAUAAUGUCGAACCCCCACGUGCGACCCCCUCCGAUAAACGAUACCUAGCCGAUAAAAAGCACCAGAAUCUUCGCUUACAAGCCCUGUAGUUAAGUUCUCGUAGACGACUGCGACCACUUUUUGUGGUCAAGGUUCUGUAAUGUUCCAUCGUUUCUUUCCUCUUGAGGUAAGAAACCACUUGACUCAUGAUCUGACAUCUACGUUUUCAGUAUAUACUACACUGAUCACAGUAUGCGAACAAUUUUUAGUACAACAUGGAACUUCACACGUUGGUACUAAGAAAUUGCUUUCAAUAAUUUUUUUCCAAACAGAAGAUGUGUUUGGAAUUCUUCUCGGAACAGACUCUCAGUUGUUCGAUUCUUGUAAGCGACAUCUAAAUCUUCACAUUUCGGAUGGUCGCUUACAGGAGAGCCAGAAGUCGGAGAUUAUUAUGAUACUUCCGCUUUAAAGUUACUAGGCAAUGACUUACUUACAGUUGUGUUCACAGUUCGUCUUUCCAUUCAUUAUCUUUCACUAAUAUUUUCUCAUUUUCUGACAGCUUUAAGUGACACAUUAGAUACAUUGAACGAACCAGUCUCAAUAGCAGCUAAUUCAAAUCCUCAACCAUCUCAGCUUCCAAUCACCGCAUCAAAUUCAUCAGCGGUUAACUCAUAUUCAGAUUCAGGCUAUUCCGAUUGGUCGCCUUGGUCAAAGUGUUCCGCCACGUGUUCGCCCAAAGCUGUGAUGUCACGUGAACGAACUUGCAAAGUGAAGACGGGUUGUCAGGGACUGUACAAACAGACUAAGCCAUGCCAGUUGGUCAAAUGCCCAGGUACGUCUUCACCUUCCAAAAGAGGAAAUGAAAUUGGUUGAAAAGGAAUGUAACUAUGCUAAUUGUAAUCUAAGUUGCGAAGCUGACUUGUAGUCGAGAAUUUAAUUCAGUACUUCUGUAUUUAUCAGUUAAUUUACGUGAAACUUUGUCUCAGCUGGAAUUUCUGAUCGAGAAAAGCCAACAUUAUCUUUUCGUUGAAACAUAAAAUCAAAAACCCACAAGAAACAGAAGGUUAUUCGCUCCCUUUCUAACAGACUUUACUCUUCGUGUAUGACCUAAAGCGCCAAAAACUAUUAGGUUCUUACUACCCGACAUUUUUAUGGUUGAACAUGACCCCUUUGUGUUUUGUCGUCAGUGGAUGGAGGAUUAACUGGUUGGACAGCAUGGUCAGCUUGUAG